AUGGAACCCCAAACCAUCCUGAUCACAGGCUGCUCGGCUCACGGCAUCGGCGCCGCGCUGGCCCAUUCCCUGGCCAAAAGGGGCCAUCACAUCUUCGCCACUGCACGCUCGCCCAGUAAAAUCCCCUCGAAACUGGCCUCGCUCUCAAACGUGACGGUGGUGCCACUGGACGUCACAGACCCUACCACGAUCUCUGCCGCGGUCCGGGCGGUGCUGGCUCACGGCCAGGGUUUAGACGUGCUGAUCAACAAUGCGGGCGCGGGUUACACUAUUCCCUUACUGGAUGCCGAUCUGGACCUCGCCCGGCAGGUCUAUGAGGCUAAUGUCUGGGGACCGUUGCGACUCGUGCAGGGGUUUGCUGACCUACUCAUUCAGAGUCGGGGUAGGGUGGUCAAUGUGAGCAGCGUAGGAGCCGCGGUGAACACGCCUUGGAUUGGGGUGUACUCGUCUUCCAAGUCCGCCAUUACGCAGAUUUCUGAGACAUUACGGCUGGAACUGGGACCCCUGGGAGUGGAUGUGGUAUGUCUGAUGGUUGGCACGGUCACGACUACCUUCCAUGCCAAUGAGCCGGAGGUGAUAUUGCCUCCUUCAUCGCGGUAUAUGGCGAUUAGAGAGACGAUCUCGAAUUGGGCGAUGGGUCGGGCUGGGCCUAAGGGCUGCUCGGCGGAGGAGUUCGCGGAAUCCGUGGUUAAUAUGGUCGUGAGCUCCAAUCAUGGAGGCGGACUGAUCUGGAAGGGGCCUUACAGUACCAUUAUCAGAUUUGUGCCUAAGUGGUGCCCCACCUGGUUGCUG